UUUCUUGAACGAUACCAACAUGAGCGGAAGAGGAAAAGGAGGCAAAGGUCUCGGUAAAGGAGGCGCCAAGCGGCACCGUAAAGUUCUCCGCGAUAACAUCCAGGGAAUCACCAAGCCCGCUAUCCGCCGUCUGGCUCGCCGCGGGGGAGUCAAGCGGAUCUCCGGUCUCAUCUACGAGGAGACCCGCGGUGUGCUCAAGGUCUUCCUGGAGAACGUCAUCCGUGACGCCGUCACGUACACCGAGCACGCCAAGAGGAAGACCGUCACCGCCAUGGACGUGGUGUACGCUCUGAAGAGGCAGGGCCGCACUCUGUACGGCUUCGGGGGUUAAACUGCUUCUUUAAAUAAAUUAAACAAAACGGUCCUUUUAAGGGCCAAACACAUUUCUAACGAGCUGAAUUUCUAUGAAACGUGGCUAACAAAAGCUACAUUUGUUGUAGUUAAUAAAUGAUUAACUCUUGAAGUUAUAUUUCAAAUAUUUACUCUACUUAAGGCAAAUGAUUUAUUAGUAUAGGAAGGGGAAGCUGUAAAACGGGACCAGUGUAUGUAAAGUCCAGGUGCAACAAAUGCAACGUAACUAAAAACGUGCAAUCGAAUAAAAUUUGUCCCCAAAGCUAACUAGCUUUCAACUCCAUGUGAUUAGCUGAAGCUGUACUACAGCGCCAUCAAGUGGACAAACAUGCAAUGACUACAA